GUGUAAAUUUAUUUUUACAGUCGUAUCAUUAUACAAACUAAGGCAACACAAACUCUUAUUAUUUACCGUAUUACAUAGAUACCCUUUCAAAAAUAGAUUAAUAAAUAUAAGGGGAAGGCGCUGUACCAGAAACCAUUUUUUUAACUCUUAAUUACCUAACAAUAACAAAAAUGACUAGGUCACUCACCUCUACGAAUUUACUUGUAAAGGUCCAUUGUUACUUCGGUUUUACGAAUAGUGCAUAUAUAGGGAAUUAAAACGGUCGAUUAUUUUUUUAAACCAUUACGUUUGUAUGCAUAGAUUUACAAAAUAUACUACAUGUAUCAAUAUUUUUUUAAUGAUCAAACAGAGCAAAUAUCAUCGAACUAGCACAUGAAAAAUAAAUAUAGUUUUCUAUAAAAGGUGAAUGUUUCAUCAAUUUGUUCGUCGGUUUACGUUGCGUCAAGGCCCUUAUGGAGUAGAUGUAGAAUCUCCAUAAUUUAUGUAAUAUUACACUUGCUUGCCGUUAUAUGUAAAAAGUUGUUGAUUAUUUAUCUUUGUUUACAGAGAAUAGUAGGUUAUCUGUAGAGAUAUUUGUUGUAUAAAGUGUGAUUUAGCAGUUAUUUUGCCAAUUAUAUGCCCUCUCUAACGCUGUGUGGCUUCUCAAGGGAACUAUUUUGAAGGCGACAAUAUGCCAGAAUCCAGACUCACAAGACCAAAUAAUGCGAAGAGAAUGAGGAAAUUGAGUUAAUUAUCUCAAAAAAAUACACCUAUGGAGAGAAACAAAAAGAAAAACUCGGGUGCAGUUAUUUACACAUGUAUGCAGAAGAGGACACUUAAAACAAUUAUUUGCCCUUUUAAACGACCCUUAUCAUUCAUGUUAAUAUGUCAGAUCAUUUUUUGGAGAACGUAGACGAGAUUCAUAAUCACGUAGCAGUUUUGGAACACAAUCUAAAUGCUAUUCAAGACUACAAGGAGCAAUUCAUCGAUGCUGUUAAUGACAAAAUAGGACUAACUUCUUCGGAUUUGGAGAACGGGCGUACAGCUGCCGUCAAUGUGAAAGAAAGCAGUAAAAUUGAUAACGAAUGUCAAGAACUGGACGAGGAGAUAUGUGGCCUUCUCAACCAAAUUCAGGUGAAAGAAGAGAACAUCCGUAAUUUAACGCAACAAUUACAACACAAAAAGGAAGCUUUGGAGAAAUUGAAAUUAGAGGAAGAGGCUGCGCAUAUUAAUAAUCAAACUAAAUUGAAAGGUUUUCAGAAGGCUUUGCAUCACUUUACCCAAAACUUUCAGUAUACUAUCAGUUUGGAGGAUGUGGAAGAUCCAAAUCGAUAUCACCUUAUAAUGACCUUUAUUAUCGAUAAAGUGGUGUCUCCGUAUCCAAUAAAGUUUAUUUUUGAGAAUAAAACUGACAUACUGAUAGACUUUGAUGGUAGAGCUUUGCUGACAGAUGAUGAGCAUAGAACUUUAUCUGAUCUGUACCACAAAAGAAAAAAUACUUUAGCUUUGUUAUGCCGAUUGCGAAAUAUCACAAAGAAAAGAAUGCUCCAGGCUAAAAGUGGAGCCUUAGGGAAUGAAGGAUCUGUGUAACAAUAAUAUAUAUUAAGAAAAAUUAUUUCAUGUUUGUGUUAUAUUGCUAAGAACAAACUCUGUACAUUUGCUGUAUAUUCUCUAUUUUCCCUUAUUAGAAAUAUAGUACGAA